AUGAUUUCAAAACACGAAUCUGAUAUUGUAAAAGUAUCAAUUCUAAAUGAAGAAUCAAUAAUUAUAGGUUUUCAUUUGACAGAAUUAAUAUUUCAAGAUAUCAUCAAAUCUAUACCAUCUUCAACUUAUGUCAUUAUUACGGAUAAAAAUAUUGCAUCAAUUUAUCUCUCAGACUUAAUCACUAAUUUUGAGAACAUUGUAAACAAAUUAUUUUCUUCCUCCCCCUCCUCACCUAGAAUUUUAACGUAUGUAAUUCCACCAGGCGAACAAUCAAAAUCACGAAAGACAAAAGGCGAAAUUGAAGAUUAUUUAUUAUCAAAAGCAUGUACGCGUGACGCAUGUAUUAUUGCUUUAGGUGGUGGUGUGGUUGGUGAUUUGGUUGGGUAUGUUGCUGCAACUUUUAUGCGUGGCGUUCCAUUUGUUCAAGUACCUACAACUUUAUUGGCAAUGGUAGAUUCCUCAAUUGGUGGCAAAACUGCCAUAGAUACUCCUCAUGGUAAAAAUCUUAUUGGUGCUUUCUGGCAACCUAAAAAGAUUUUUGUUGAUUUGAAUUUCUUGACUACUUUGCCUGAAAGAGAAUUCAUAAAUGGGAUGGCUGAAGUUAUUAAACACGCAGCUAUUUGGAACAAUAAUGAAUUUGAAAAAUUGGAAAAUGGUGUUAAAAGUAUUCAUGAAGCUGUACUCAAUCCACCCAAAGAUGUUCCAUUUCAAGGAAAUACACUUGAAACAAGAACUCCUUCUCAAUCACUUCUUUUAUCAGUAAUUUUAGCUUCAAUAAAGGUAAAGGCUCAUGUAGUUACUCAUGAUGAAAGGGAAAGUGGACUUCGUGGUUUAUUGAAUUUUGGACAUACAAUAGGGCAUGCAAUUGAAACAAUUUUAGCUCCUGAUUUAUUACAUGGUGAAUGUGUUUCAAUCGGUAUGAUUAAAGAGGCUGAGAUUUCCAGAAACCUUGGAUAUCUUAAUCAAGUAGCUGUUGGUAGAUUAUCAAUAUGUUUACAAAAUUAUGGAUUACCAGUUUCUUUAGAUGACAAAAAAGUUAAACAACUAGUUGGAAAUAAGUAUUGUGAUGUGGAUAGAUUAUUGGAAAUUAUGAAAAUUGAUAAAAAAAAUCAAGGUGAUAAGAAACGUUUGGUUAUUCUUACUGCUAUUGGCAAAACUUUAGAAAAGAAGGCCACAGUAGUUUCAGAUUCAAUUAUUCACAAAAUUCUUUCACCUGCCAUCAGAGUUUUUCCUAAGUUUUCAACUAAUAAUUGCGCAAAUUCACCAACAUCAAUCCACAUAACAACACCAGGUUCAAAAUCUAUUUCUAAUCGUGCUUUAAUCUUAGCUGCACUUGGUGAAGGUACUUGUAGGCUUAGAGGUAUCCUAUACUCAGAUGAUACUCAAGUAAUGUUAAGUGGACUUCGAGCUUUAGGUGGUGCAAAAUUUGAAUGGGAGGAUGAUGGCAAUACCUUGGUUGUUAUAGGUGGUGGUGGUAAACUUACUGUUCCUGAUGAUGAAAUUUAUCUUGGAAAUGCUGGCACAGCAUCUAGAUUUUUGACAACUGUGUGUACAUUGGCAUCUGAUCACCUCAACUAA